CCCGAAGCUCGUGAAGAAGUGUGUUGUUGCUGCUUAGUGGACGUCAGGAUGGUGGUGUACAACUUUAAGAAGAUCCAGACGGUGCCGACGGCCAAUGACUUCAUCGACAUUGUGCUCACGCGUACGCAGCGCAAGACGCCGACGGUGAUCCACCCGACGUACGCCAUUUCGCGCAUCCGCGCUUUCUACAUGCGCAAGGUCAAAUUCACGCAGCAAACUUGCCAGGAAAAGCUCAGCCAGAUCAUUGACGACUUCCCACGCCUCGAUGACCUGCACCCGUUCUACGCCGACCUCAUCAAUAUCCUGUACGAUCGCGAUCACUACAAACUCGCGCUCGGUCAGGUCAACACGGCGCGUGCACUCAUUGACAACAUUGCGAAGGACUAUGUGCGCAUGAUUAAGUACGGUGACUCGCUGUACCGUUGCAAGCAGCUUAAGCGUGCCGCUCUUGGUCGUAUGUGUACACUGCUAAAGAAGCAGAAGGCUUCGCUCGAGUACUUGGAGGAGGUGCGCAAGCACUUGUCGCGUCUUCCCUCGAUCGACCCCAACACCCGCACAUUGCUGGUCACAGGUUUCCCCAAUGUGGGUAAGUCGAGCUUCAUGAAUAAGGUGACGCGCGCCGACGUGGACGUGCAGCCCUACGCUUUCACAACCAAGGCUCUGUACGUGGGUCACUUGGACUACAAGUAUCUGCGUUGGCAGGUGAUUGAUACCCCCGGUAUCCUCGACCACGCGCUUGAGGACCGUAACACUAUUGAAAUGCAGGCUGUCACUGCGCUGGCUCACUUGCAGGCGUCCAUUCUGUUCUUCAUGGAUAUCUCGGAGCAAUGUGGCUUUACCAUCGAGCAGCAGCUGAGUCUGUUCGAGAACAUCCGCCCGCUGUUCGCCAACAAGCCUCUGGUGCUCGUGUGCAACAAGAUCGAUCAGAUGCGCUUCGAGGCUCUUUCUGAGCACCACCAGAACAUGAUCAACACAGCUGUGGAGGAGACUAAGGCCAAGUUCUUCACCAUGUCGAACCACUCGGAGGAGAACGUCAUGGAAGUCAAGAACUACGCUUGUGACGAGCUCCUCGCUCACCGUGUGAACUCCAAGGUCAAGGGCAAUAAGGUGGCUGACGUGCUUAACCGUCUUAGUGUCGCGAUGCCUAAGGCUCGUGAUGACGUCAAGCGUGAACUCUCCAUUCCGGCCAGUGUCAUUGCUGCUCGUGACAACCCGAACAGUGUGGCGCCGCGUGUGCUGCUUAAGGACAAGAUGAACGCCAACGGUGGUGCUGGUGUCUACUCGUACAACUUCAAAGAGCACUAUUCGAAUAUGCUACGCAACGACGACUGGACUCAGGACGCCAUCCCGGAGAUCUGGAACGGCAAGAACAUCGCUGACUUCGUGGACCCAGAGAUUCUCAAGCGUCUGGAGGCUUUGGAACAGGAGGAGGACGAAGCUAUGGAGAACAGCGUUCCUAUGGACGAGGACGAGGAUAUGAGCGAUCUCGACGACGAACAGAAGGACAAGCUGGCUCGUAUCCGAGACAAGAAGGCCAUUAUCGUGGCUGAGCACCGUCAGAACAAGAACAAGAACCACUCCACGGUAUCUCGUAAGGUGCGCGCGAAGCUUCGUACGCUUACUGAGACCAAGAAAGAGCUGGAGGCUCUUGGAGUGGAUACCAGUCACAUGAAGCACGCGGAGGCCGUAGUGGCGAAGAGGAAGGCGGGCGACGAAAGCCGUGGCCGCAAGCGCGAACGUGAGGACAUGGACGUGGACAUGGAGGACGCCACCGAGAGCUCCGACCUGCGCGUGCGUGCUCGUGCCAAGUCGGCACUGCGCUCCAAGUCGAAGAACCGCUCACAAUCGCUGGUCACCCCGCGCGACCAGUCUGGUUUCGGCGACGAGGCAGCGAUGGCCACUGUCAAGCGCGCGACUCGGCUCACGCAGCGCAAGGCCGCCAAGAUGGGACGUGCGGGUGAAGCCGACCGGAUAUCGGUACCGAAGCUGGCGAAGUGGCAGAACACGGGCAAGCGUGGCCAGGGCAAUACGUACUCCCGUUAA